ACCACGCCUUGCCAUGACUCUGCUCUCUCGUCCACCGCAUCUAUCAAAUAGAGCAAUACAUCUCUUCGAAGAUGGAGAAGAUCACGGAUAAGAUCAACGCCUUGCCAGAUGGCGCAAACUACUUCUCAUUGGAGUUCUUUCCACCAAAAACGUCGAUGGGCUUCGCGAACCUGCAAACCCGAUUAGAGCGCAUGUCACAGGCCCUCCGGCCACUCUUCGUAACAGUCACUUGGGGCGCCGGCGGCUCCACAGCCACAAAGUCCCUCGAACUUGCUGAGAUCUGCCAACGACAAUUGGGCCUUACAACAUGUCUACAUCUGACGUGCACGAACAUGAACCGCGCACUCGUUGACGAGGCACUCGAGCAGGCGAAAGUCUUGGGCAUUCGAAAUAUCCUGGCACUGCGUGGCGAUGCGCCACGGAGCGAGGAGUACAGAGAUGAGGGGCAAUUGCCAGAGCAGGACUCGAAUAAGGACUUCACAUGGGCGAUUGACUUGGUCAAAUACAUACGCAGCCAAUAUGGGGAUUAUUUCUGCGUAGGCGUUGCUGCAUAUCCCGAGGGCCAUUCCGAUGAGAGCCAUCCCGAGCAUCAACACCCGUCAUAUGAUCUACCAUCUCUGGUCGAGAAGACAAAGGCUGGGGCGGACUUUAUCAUGACACAGCUUUUCUUUGACGUUGAGGCAUACGACAGGUUCGAGACGAUGUUGAGGGAGCAUGAGAGUGGCGCAUUCAAGACAAUUCCCAUCAUACCGGGACUGAUGCCAAUCCAAUCGUACAAGAUUCUACGUCGGACAACGACGCUAUCGCAUGCGAACCUACCGGCGGACAUACUGGCGCGUUUGGACGCAGUGAAGUACGACGACGAGCGCGUAAAGCAAGUCGGCGUCAAGAUCUUGAAUGAACUCGUGGAGCAUAUCAAAGCGCGUCCAGAUGUGGGAAAGAGAGGGUUUCAUUUCUACACUCUGAAUCUCGAAAAGGCAGUAUCGCACAUCGUCGAGGAUUGCAAGCUCAUUCCAAGGAUUUCCCAAAACGAAGACGAAGACGAGAACGCUAUCGAAACAACACCCGCUAUCAACCUCGAACCUCCAAAUGGCGCUCUGCUCACCCGUGAGCGCCGCCGUCUGUCCUCGAUCAACUCAAGCCCACACAACAGAGUGAUAAUAUCACGCCCGUCCGCCACAAAGUCCAGCAACCACUCCCACGAAGUCCUCGAAAGCGAAGCCGGAAUCCCCAAAGGUCCCAUCAACACACGCGCAAACACCCUGGCCAUCUCCGAAGGCGAAGGCUCCCUAGGCCGCGAAGCAACAUGGGAUGACUUCCCCAACGGCCGCUGGGGCGACGCGCGCUCUCCCGCCUUUGGCGAAAUCGACGGCUACGGCCCAACUCUACACGUCUCGACACCCCAAGCCCUCAAACUAUGGGGCCACCCCGUCGAAAAAGGCGACAUCUCAACCCUCUUCAAACGCCACAUCGAAGGCGACCUCGACGCCGUACCCUGGAGCGAACAACACCUCUCGGAAGAAACCCUCACCAUCGCGCCCCAACUCCUCGCCCUCAACGCAAAAGGCUGGUGGACAGUCGCCUCCCAACCCGCCGUCAACGGCGUAAAAUCCACCCACCCCGUCUUCGGCUGGGGCCCCAAAAACGGCUUCGUCUUCCAGAAGCCGUUUGUCGAAUUCUUCAUCCCCUCCUCUGCCUUCAACGAGCUGAAACCUCGCCUCGACGCACACGACCAGAUCACGUAUUUCGCGGGUAACGCAAAGGGUGACUUUGAAGCGAGUCAGGAGGAUAGCGUGAAUCCUGUUACGUGGGGCACGUUCGCCGGCAAGGAAAUCGUUACCCCGACUAUUAUUGAGGCGGUUAGCUUUAGGAGUUGGCUUGAGGAGGCGUACUCGAUCUGGCGCGAGUGGCAGCGCGUGUAUCCGCCUAAGAGCCAGUCGGGUAGAUUGUUGAAGGAGGUUAGGGAGGAUGUUUGGCUGGUUAGUAUUAUUUGGGGGGAUUUUGUGGAGGGGGGUGGGCUGUGGGAGUUUUUGGGCGCGUGA